AGUCCCGCCGGCUGUGGGCAGGAGACCGGAGCGGGAGGGGUAGCUCUUCGUCCCACCUCCAGGAAGUCAAACUGGAGGAAGGAGGGCAAACUCAGGGAGGCGGGGCUCAGUGCCACCUGGCAGCAGAAGCGGCCCGAGGUCCCCCACCCCCCACCCCGCUCCAGAUCCGGGAUUCCAGAGCUUGCUGCGGCUUCCUGAACUCUCUGGGCCAGAUGGCAGACCUCCGCCCAGAUCCUGCAACGGAACCCGAAUCGGUGUUCCCACGGGAGGUCGGGCUCUUCGCUGACUCUUACUCGGAGAGGAGCCGGUUCUGUUUCUGUGGGCACGUGCUGAGCAUCACGCAGAACUUCGGGUCCCGCCUCGGGGUGGCAGCGCGGGUGUGGGAUGCGGCUCUAAGCCUGUGCAACUAUUUUGAAAAUCAAAAUGUGGAUUUCCGAGACAAGAAGGUGAUCGAACUGGGUGCGGGGACUGGCAUCGUGGGAAUCUUGGCGGCGCUGCAGGGGGGGGAUGUUACCAUCACUGACCUGCCCCUGGCUCUAGAACAGAUCCAGGGCAACGUCCAGGCUAAUGUGCCAGCUGGAGGCCGGGCCCAGGUCCGCGCCUUGUCCUGGGGGAUUGACCAGCAUGUCUUCCCUGGCGACUAUGACCUGGUGCUGGGGGCUGAUAUCGUGUAUCUGGAGCCUACCUUCCCACUGCUGCUGGGGACCCUCCAACACCUGUGCGGGACCCAUGGCAUCAUCUAUCUGGCCUCCAAGAUGAGAGAGGAGCAUGGGACAGAGAACUUCUUUCAGCACCUCCUGCCCCAACAUUUCCAACUGGAGCUGGCCCAGCGGGAUGAGGAUGAGAAUGUCAACAUCUAUAGGGCCAGGCACAGGGAACCAAGACCUACUUAAUGUCACCCUUCUGCUUCUCCGAACCCCUUGUCCUAAUGAGGGAACUGCUAUAUCUCCAAAGCCAGAAACAUAAGGACCAAAAAGGAUGGAUUUCCCUUGCCUCUCUUGUUCCUCAUUCCCUUGGAUACUAUUGGGCAGAUGCAGGGAGGUAUCUGCUUGCUAAGAAUCCUAGAGCCUUAGCAGUGCUGGAUUAGAGCAUAAAGGAAGUUCCUAGCUCUUGUUUUCAGCAAAGGAUGAUGAUGGGAGGGUAUUCGAGGUUUUUAGGGGAAGGGAGGUAAAUGAGAUGUGAGAGCAGUGGCUGCAGAGAGACUGUCACUGAUCACUCCCAGUAGUGCUGUUGUCUUUUUAUACAGAAUAUAUACAUGACCAGAUUCUACUGGAUUUUUUUUUUUUUUUUUAGUAAAGAAACAAGCAUUAAAGAUCUCUACAUCCAAAGAACUCAGGCUUUUGUUGAGGGGCAGGGAAGUAAGAAGCCUUAGACCACUCACUUUUUGCUUCAAGAGAUAGUCUGGUGGGACCAUGGCUCUAACUGGGUAAAGUCCUCCCAGGCCUGAAGCUGGGGAUAGGCAGCAGAGCUGUCCUUUGGUCUGUAGCUUCUUCAACCUUUUUGGAGUUGGAGCCCUGAUCACUAAGUACUUGGUUCUUCUCUUUAUUUAUUUUUAGGUUUUCAAGCCCUGUCAGUCCUUCUCUCCUAAUGUGAUUUGCCUUCACUUCUUUUCUCUUCCCACUGUGGUAACUCUGGUUGGAACUCUCCUUACUCUUCGGGCCACAUAUCACUUCCUCUACUCCUGGCCUCCAACUAUUAUGAUCUAAAAUCAUUCCUGUUAGUUUUUGCAGCUGCCUACGGAAGCAAGAAUGAGCUCCUCUGCUUGGUACUCAGUCUAUCCUGUGUAAUCCCAAAUUACCCUCUACUUCAUUUCCUACUGGUUUCCAAAAUGUAUUGCAACCUUGGGCCAAAUUACAAAAGGUCUACUCUUUGUUCCCUAAAUCCACACCAAGUUUCCCUAACUUCUUUCUUCAUUUUCUUUGAUGAGUCUCUUCCUUGAUGGGCUAUUUCUAUCUGUCAAAAUCUUCAUUACUCUUAGCCUCUAUCCUGAAAAAAAGCUUUUUUCUGAGUCUUCUGUUUGCAUGUGAUUUCUUUCUCCUUUGACACCCUUUAACUAUUCAUUUUAUGAGACUUACCUUGUCUUUUGUGAUCAGGUAUCUGUUCCCUAUUUUCUCACCAUUAGAUUACCUAGUAGGGUAGGGCUGUAAUUUAUUAUCUCGAAUUCCCUGAAGCCUAGCAUAGUUCCUGACACACCGUAGUGUUCAACAAAUAUUUUGCUCAUUCAACAAAUAUAUAUUAGGUUUGUUGAAGGGACUAUGCCCCUACUUCCCUAGGUGACCUCUGGCAAAUUUCUGAACCCACCCUCCUA